CAUUUUGGCACGCGCAGCUCACUAAGGAAAAGCUUCGGCGUUUAUCAGCGGCAGGGAACUGUAAACACUAGCCUCCCAGGCUACUUCUCUAUCAGUCAUAUAUGGACGGAAAUAUAAGGUUGACCUGAACCAGAUAUUGUUCUUCAGUGCAUGGACACAAAGCCAAUGCGAAGGGCCACCAGCGCACGUCAGGACGCCACUGGAAUGGACAUCACCAGCCGCUGUACCCUGGGGGACCCCAACAAGCUCCCUGAAGGGGUCCCCCAGCCAGCACGCAUGCCUUAUGUAUCAGACAAACACCCACGGCAAACGCUGGAGGUGAUUAAUCUGUUGAGAAAACACCGGGAGCUGUGUGACGUGGUGCUCGUCGUGGGUGCCAAGAAGAUUUAUGCCCACCGUGUGAUCCUCUCUGCCUGCAGCCCGUAUUUUAGGGCGAUGUUUACCGGGGAGCUGGCAGAGAGCAGGCAGACAGAAGUGGUUAUCCGGGACAUUGAUGAGAGAGCCAUGGAGCUGCUCAUUGACUUUGCCUACACCUCACAGGUGACGGUGGAGGAAGGGAACGUUCAGACGCUGCUUCCUGCUGCCUGCCUUCUCCAGCUGGCUGAGAUCCAGGAGGCCUGCUGUGAGUUCCUGAAGAGGCAGCUGGAUCCAUCCAACUGUCUGGGCAUCAGGGCCUUCGCCGACACUCACUCCUGUCGAGAACUGCUGCGAAUCGCAGACAAGUUCACACAGCACAAUUUUCAAGAGGUAAUGGAAAGUGAGGAGUUCAUGUUGCUUCCUGCCAACCAGCUGAUUGACAUCAUCUCCAGUGAUGAGCUUAAUGUGCGGAGUGAGGAGCAGGUGUUUAACGCUGUAAUGGCGUGGGUGAAAUACAGCAUCCAGGAACGCAGACCUCAGCUACCACAGGUCCUGCAGCAUGUACGUCUGCCAUUACUAAGCCCAAAGUUUUUGGUGGGAACCGUGGGAUCAGAUCCUCUCAUCAAAAGUGACGAAGAGUGCAGGGACCUGGUUGAUGAGGCCAAAAAUUACCUUUUGCUCCCACAAGAGAGGCCGCUAAUGCAAGGCCCCAGAACACGCCCUAGAAAACCUAUUCGGUGUGGAGAGGUUCUUUUUGCAGUUGGUGGCUGGUGCAGUGGAGAUGCAAUUUCCAGCGUGGAGCGCUACGAUCCACAAACUAACGAGUGGCGCAUGGUGGCGUCGAUGAGUAAACGGCGAUGUGGAGUCGGGGUCAGUGUACUCGAUGACUUGUUGUAUGCUGUGGGCGGUCAUGAUGGCUCUUCAUAUCUCAACUCUGUAGAAAGAUAUGAUCCUAAAACCAACCAAUGGAGCAGCGACGUGGCUCCAACCAGCACUUGUCGAACCAGUGUGGGUGUUGCCGUGCUCGGUGGAUUUUUGUAUGCAGUAGGAGGACAAGAUGGAGUGUCAUGUCUCAACAUUGUUGAAAGGUAUGAUCCAAAGGAAAAUAAGUGGACUCGUGUUGCCUCAAUGAGCACCAGGCGUCUUGGUGUAGCUGUUGCUGUGCUGGGAGGAUUUCUUUAUGCCGUCGGAGGAUCUGAUGGGACUUCUCCUCUUAACACAGUGGAGCGCUAUAACCCCCAAGAAAACCGCUGGCACACGGUUUCUCCAAUGGGAACCAGAAGAAAACACCUUGGAUGCGCGGUCUACCAAGACAUGAUAUACUCUGUCGGAGGGAGAGACGACACUACGGAGCUGAGCAGUGCAGAGCGAUACAACCCCAGGACCAACCAGUGGUCACCUGUUGUAGCCAUGACGUCCAGACGUAGUGGGGUGGGCUUGGCUGUAGUGAACGGUCAGCUGAUGGCAGUAGGUGGCUUUGAUGGGACAACAUAUUUAAAAACGAUAGAAGUAUAUGACCCAGAUGCUAACACGUGGAGGUUGUACGGUGGAAUGAACUACCGCCGGUUAGGUGGAGGUGUAGGCGUGAUUAAAAUGACUCACUGUGAAUCUCACAUAUGGUAGUGGCACCUCCCGUCCACGCCUCCUGUCGCACUCCUUCACUUCUCCUGACGUCUUGAUGGAUAUUUGACUCUUGUGCCUCUGAGAGAAUGUUACACAGACGGAUGAGGACAAUAGAGAACAAUGGGAGUGGGAGCAAGGAGGAAAAAAAUGGGGACAGAUUGUGAACUGAAGUUCAUCCCUAAACUUUACUGAGAAGUCAUGACGUUUAUACUUGCUGUAUUUUCUCUGAUCGACCAUUCUCAUCACUAAGGAGAUGCAGCAGGAGAGAAGUUUACAGAACAUCAUUAGGCUUCCAGUUUAAACGGAGGUGCACUGUGUUUUCAUCACCACGCCUGACGGUCUGGGAUUGAGUUAGCAUGUGUGACGGAUGGAGCACACAAUGAAUAAUACUGCUACUGGAGGAACACUAGGAGUUGGAGAAAAAACUUGGCCACCUCAACUCAUAUUUUUUUUUUUUUUUUUUACUGAGGAGCCACGAGUCUUCUGGAAACAACAGUUCCCACUGACGGCAGUGAUCUUUGCUUCAUCUUUCUUUCCUGUGGCUUUGUCCAUGUGUCUCAGCUGUGGCUGUUUACCCAUUUGGAUUUUAAAUACAAAAUGUCAUUUGACUCAACGGUUGGAUCUAAUUGGCUAGAUAGUUUAAAUGGGGCCGACUGUUACGUAGAAUGUUUUUAGAAUUAAGUUAAAGCUAUAUUGAGUGUAAUUUUUUUGGAUGAAAAGAAAUCAAAAUUGUCAGAAUUUCACUGUUAUAACUCCACUGUUAAAUCUUACAGACAACUGAUUAAAACAUAGAUGUUUUGGUCAACAUUGAGUUUGCAUCAGUAUCUCCUCCACAACUCCUCUGUAUCCCAGUUUGGGCUCUAGAUGCAAAUGUUGGACCAGUUUGAGCUGAACUGUAAUAAUGAGUAGCCAGCCUUACUGUCAGUUUAAAAUGGCUAUACCAUUCAGUGCUAGGGUCUAUGUUUUCUAACUUUAAAAAAGUGGAUCUUUUUGCCACUGAUUAAUUUAUAUUUGAUGUAGGACUGAAUGAAAACUUUGUUUAUGAAGGAUUAUAUCACCUGGUUUAGCCAUGUGCCAGUUUCUUUUAAUUGUUCUGGGUUUUUUGUGUUUUUUUGGCAAAUAUGGUUGAACUUAAGUCUAGUUUCAAACCUCACUGAGUUUAGCAAUAAGGUAAAAUGCACGCAGCAUAAGAAUUCAGCUUAAAAUAGAAAAUCAAUACAUCUCAUGUAAAUUUGGCCCUUUUUCCAGCCUAUGUGAUCUAGUUGCUAUCAUAGAUGCAGUUUUUACUUUCAAGUUCACCAUCUUCACUCUUCAUUGACAUCUGUAAUGUUCCCAAUCCUAUGUCAUCUGGCAGUUAUCUGCAUCAAAUUACUUUUAGGUCUGUGCUUGAAACUUCUACUGUAAAUGCAGUCUAAAACAUUUUUUUUUCCUGCUGUAAAAGUGACGGAUAAAGUAGCACUAAUGGUCAGUAAUCUGACUACAAGAUUUUAUGACACAGGCCCAUGUUCUGUCCCUUGUUUUCAGGAGAAGGUAGCAGUAGCACCCCUUACUGGAGGAAUGGUAUAUUACAGCACAAAGUCAAACCAUUACCCGGACCUAAACACUAAUCUCAGCUCAGUGUACAGCCAGCAUAGAUGGUGAAAUCAGCUUGGAUGUAUUUGUUGCUCUAAGAUUGUAUUUCUGUUUCAGUAUUUGUUUCUUAAACUUGAUUUAUAAAAGUUUCCAUGGCAACGAGGAGCUAUAAUAGUAAAGGUUUAAAUAAAACUUGACAUUUCAAGCCUUACAGCAUUCAUUCUAUGCCCAGGUGUACUCACCCCUUAUUAACCCUAUCUAGGAUUCCCUUUGUGUUAAACUCUCAUCUGUUAAAUAGAAGACUGAAACUGAUACUGGCUUAAUUAUUUGAAAUCAUUUUGCAACAAGGACCUAAUCUGAAUGUAUGCAUGUGACUAUUCAGCAUUUUGACUUGUUCAGGGCUUGUCUUUCAAUAAGGUGUUCCCUUAACAACAAAAAGAAAAAGUCAUUUAUGCCUUUUGAAUGCCCACUUACAUUUUAACUUCUGUAUGCUUCCUGGCAACAUUGAAAGUGGGCUGUGCAGCAUGCAAUACGUGUAUAUUUGUAGUGAUAUGCAUACUGUGCUGCCAGUUUCUUACACCAAAAUGCUGUCUGGAUAACUGGUUGGCUCACAAGAAGCUACUGUUAAAAACAACAUAACUGUUUCUGCUUUUGUCCCUGGCAAUUCAUUUACUGUUCACUUGCUUUAUUCUAUGAUAAAUGUUUAACACAGGCUAAUAAACUGCUCCAUUCUCUCUGUCUGA